AUGACUGCACACAUCAAAGAUGUUAAUUACCGCGAAAGUGGAAAUGCUGCAAAAAAUAGUUCACUGAACUACAAUAGCCCCUCAACAACUUCAAGUGACGAACGAAGCCCUUCCGAGGAGAAGGAUUCUCUUCCUAAAAUGGGAGAGGGAAGACCUUAUCCUCCCAUAGUCGGAGAUCCUGUUGACUAUAUGGUUCUGUUUGAUGGGUCGGACGAUCCUACAAACCCUCAGAACUUUUCCCCCAGAAAAAAGAUCAUUCUAAUCUUUGCAAUUAUGAGUACCUGUUUCACCAGUACUUUCGGGUCUUCUGCUCUCUCUGAAGCAGCUGUUGAUAUUCUGGAGAAGUAUCAUGUGGGCUUGGAGGUUGCAACAUUAUGCACCUCAUUAUUUGUCUUAGGUUAUGCUUCUGGCCCCGUAUUGUGGGGUCCACUAUCAGAUGUAUAUGGAAGGAAAAUAAUUCUCAUUUCAUCUGGUUUCAUUUAUUUGACCCUCAACUUUGCCGUUGCUACAGCAGAAAAUAUCCAAACAAUCAUAAUCUGCAGAUUCUUUUCGGGAUUUGCAAGUGCUGCUCCUGUGGUAGUUUGUGCAGCAAUAAUAGCAGAAGUAUCUAAUACUUCUAAUAGAGGGAAUAUCAUUACUAUGUUUGUAAUGGUUUUACUUGUUGGACCGUUACUCGCACCAAUCGUUAACGGUUUUAUCGUAAAGAACAAUUCGUUAGGGUGGAGAUGGUGCGUCUAUCUCGUGGGAAUAUUGUCUUCAGGUGCAUUAGUCUUACUUGUCUUUUUAUACCCAGAGACCCAUAGCGGUGUAAUAUUAUCCCGAAAAGCUCAAGUAUUGAGAAAAAAAACUGGAAACUGGUCUAUAUUUGCUGUUCAUGAAAAUACCUCUUUGUCGUUCCACGAUAUUUUAACGAAGUCAGUCACACUCCCGAUUCGCAUGUUAUUCCUGGAGCCAAUUCUUUUGUCGGUAACACUUUACAACUCAUUCAUAUUUGGAUUACUAUACUUGUUAUUAACUGCAAUCCCGAUAAUUUUUGGGUCCACGGGGUAUGGUUUUAGUCAAGGAGUUUCACUGCUUCCAUACAUUGCAACAAUUUUGGGUGUAGAGGUUGGUGGCAUAAUGAAUUUGUUUUUUGACAGACGAUAUCUCAGAAUAAUGAAAAAAGCAGGAAAGUUGGUACCAGAGGAAAGAUUAUUACCAAUGAUGAUAGGAGCAGUUGCUUUCCCUUGCGGCUUAUUUUGGAUAGCUUGGACUGGGCAGUAUCCUAACAAAGUACACUGGAUUGUACCGACAAUCGGUACGUUUUUUAUAGGUUUUGGAUUGAUCUGCAUUUUUUUGCCAUCAUUAAGCUAUUUGGUAGAAUGUUAUCUACCAUAUACGACUUCUGCUGUUGCGGGAAACACAAUGGUAAGAUACAUCUUUGGAGCAAUAUUCCCUUUAUUUUCUAGACAGAUGUUUGAAAGAUUGAAAGUGAAUUGGGGAGGCUCAUUAUUGGGGUUUAUUUCAGUUUUAUUACUUCCAAUUCCCUUCUUGUUUUACAAAUACGGUCAGUUAUUAAGAGAUAAAUCAAGGUAUGCUUUGAAAAAUUAA